GUAUUGUCAAUAAUACAAAAUAUGAAGAUUGUUCCACGAUACAAAUAUCUAUUUUGUAUAAAUCAAAUUAUACCACAAUAUCAUCGUAUAUUCUAUUCAACUCAAACAACAAGAAUAACAAAUUAUAUACCUUUAAUUGGAUUAGAAAUUCAUGCUCAAUUAUCUGUACAUAAUAAAUUAUUUACAUAUGUACCAUAUAGUUUUGGAGCUCCUCCUAAUACACAAUUAGGUUUACAUGAUGUUGCAAUCCCUGGUAGUAUGCCGAUUUUAAAUCGUCAUUGUCUUGAACUAGCUAUCAUUGCUUCAAUUGGAUUAAAUUGUAAAAUUAAUUCAAUUACAAAUUUUGAUCGUAAGCAUUACUUUUAUACUGAUUUACCAGCUGGUUAUCAAAUUACCCAAUAUUAUAAACCAAUAUCUAUAAAUGGCUAUUUAGAUUAUAUUUGGUUACGAGAUCAUUCAAUCAUUGAACAACUUGAUCCAUUAUAUACAGAAGUAAUACAUAGUAAUAAUAAUCAAUAUUAUUAUCGUUCACAUGCUCGUAUUAAAUGUAUACAAAUUGAACAAGAUACUGGUAAAAGUUUACAUAAUAUACAACGUGAUUGUACUUUAAUUGAUUUAAAUCGUUCUGAUGUCGGUCUUAUAGAAAUUGUUACUGAACCAGAUUUUAAUUCAUCUGAUCAAGUUACUGCAUUCAUUAUGGAUUUAUCACGUUUACUAAGGCAUUUAAAAUGUUGUAAUGCUAUUGGUGCAUUUGGUGAACUACGUGUUGAUGUCAAUGUUUCUAUUGGUCAAGAUAUAGCCAAUCAAAAUCCUCGAGUUGAAAUUAAAAAUAUUGGCACUAUUCAUGGUGUAAUUUCUUCAAUCGACUAUGAGAUUAAGCGCCAAUCUGAAAUUCUCAAUUCUGGUGGACAAAUUACACAAGAAACUCGAUCUUAUGAUCCGGUGAAUAAUGUAACCUUACGAAUGCGAAAUAAAGAAUUAGCUCAAGAUUAUCGUUAUAUUCCUGAACCAAAUUUACCUUCUAUUAAAAUUUUAUCAAAUUGUUCAUUAUGUUCAUUUCAAUCAUCGUCUACAUCUUCAUCAUCCACAUCAUCUGCAUCAUCAUCAUCAUCUUCAUCAUCUGAAUCUUCUAUAUCAUUAUCCAAUAAUCAAAUUUGUAUACAAUGUAUUAAACAAAAAUAUCAUUUAGAUUCUAUUAAUUCAAUAAUGAAUUUACCUCAAUAUAAAAAACAAUUAUUUUUAAUUGAAUAUGGUUUAUCAUUAAAUCGUGUUAUUGUUUUAAUUGAUAAUAAUGAAUUAUGUAAAUUAUAUGAAUUAACAUUGAAUUAUUUAAUGAAAAAUCAUUUAAAUAUAAAUUCUAAUGAACAAUUCAAUAAUUCAAUUUAUGCUAAAGAAUUAUGUUAUUGGAUUACUGGUUAUUUAAAUUAUUCAAGUAAAGAUAAAACUUUGAAACGUCUUCCUAAAGUUGAACAAUUGGCUGAAUUUGUCCAAAUGAAUUUAACUGGACAGAUAUUUGGACCGGCAGCAGUUCAACUCUUGAAUUUAAUUAUUCGGAGUGAUGAAAAUGCAUAUCAUUCAGUUCAUCAGUUAGCUGUUGAACAUGAUCUAAUUUUAAUCAAAGAUCCAGAUCAAAUUAAAAUUCAAUGUGAGAAACUAAUUAAUGAUUAUCCUAAAUUGGUUGGACAAUAUAAAAAUGGUAAUAAGAAAAGUUUAAAAAAGUUGGUUAUGAAUUUAAUAAAAAAUUCAGAAUGUUACAAUAAUUCUAAUAAAUUUAAUCCUUCUACUGUUUAUAAAUUACUUGAACAACUAAUUCCAUCCUCUUCAUCCUCUUCGACAACAUCAUCAUCAUCUGAAUCAUCCUCUUCAUCAUCUUCGACAUCAUCAACAACAACAUCAUCUGAAUCAUCCUCUUCAUCAUCCUCGACAUCAUCAUCAAUAAAUACUAAUUCAUCAUUAAGUUCAAUUGGAGUAGAUUAGAAAUGAAGGUAUGAAAGUGAAUACAUGAAGAGUAGGGGGGGAGUGAGGAACUAUUUUGUAUUUUUAUCGUCGAGAAGAUUAUUAUUAUACCCAUAUAUAUAUAUAUAUAACACCAUAUAGUUACCAAGUAUUAUGUUCCCCGGUUUGUUUACGUGUCUCUUUUUUUGUGUGUCAAGGAAACCACAGGUAAACUAAUUCUCCGGAUAUUCCAAGAAGAAAACUAUCAAUGAUACUUUUAAUGGUCAUUUCCUUUUUUUUUCUUUUCUUUGUUUUUUCUCCCUACAAAUAAGUUUUGCAAGUAUAUUGAUGUUUUUAUUCAGAUAUAUAAUUGAUAGAAUUUUCGAAUAAAUUCAGUUUUUUAGUUCUGUUUAGUGUUAUUGUAGAGUUUUAGUUGAACAAUUCAAUGUCUAAUUAAAAUAAUUAAGGCCAAAGUAACGAUAACGUUGAGAUAUACUUCUUUCAACUUGGAUACGGGAACAUAUCCCAGUUUGGUUCUAUAAGGGUGAAAGGAAAUCAGUUAGGAGUUCUAUACUUGAACACCUAAUCGACUGUAGCCGUUCUACAGAUCCACAAUCUGAUUUUAUGGUUGUUUAUAUGAUUUGUUCAAAUCUACCCAGAUUUCUUCGUAUUCAACUCUUAAAUAUAGCCGAAUCUCUGAUCAUCCAGGAGCUUAAACGAGAACUAUGCGUACAAAAGAAAUUCAAUGUACAUAAUAAUAAUAAUAAUAAUAAUAAAGUUGGUUGAAGAUAUGAAAUGGUAACUAGGUGGUUAAAUUGUGGUGUGGGCUACUUAUAUCCAUAUAAGUAGUACAUAACGAUCGUUAUGAAUAAAAUGUCUAGCAGUAGGAAAGAAUGGGAACAGAAACACAAUUGAUAUGAAAAUGCAAGAACAAUAAAAUUUGAAACAAUUGAUUGAUAUUUCGUGAAUUAAAUAUUUGCCAAAUCCAUGUAUAUUUAUCAAUUCAAUUCGGCAAGUUCUUCAUUGUAUAAUAGGACACUAUCCGUCGUGGGUUGAGCAAAGGACAGGUAAGAGUGAUUAAGAGUUCUAUUCUCGUUUACUUGGUGGACACAGAUCAUCAAGUUGAACUGAAUAAAGGUUUUAAGAUGAUCCACCAUAUUCUAUCAAAUUUGCCAUCUGGUUUACGAAUGUGUUUUUUGCACAUUGCUGAAGCUAUUACAAUCCAUGUUCACAAACCUAACCUUUGUAUCCAAUAGAAGUUUGUAUAAUCACUCUCACUACCCUGGUCAUCGAUAUAGAGGAGUUCGUAGCAGAGCUUUGAUAAACUAUUUUCGCAUUUCUUUCAUUUUUUUUGUACUUUACUUAUUCUCACCAUUCGUCUGUUGAUUAUUACUGUUAUAUCCCGAUGAGAAUAAUGAAUGUAACUUUUGAGAUCCAUUUAUACAACAAUACUGUGCGUAUAAUUGUCAAAUAACUAAACUAUUCACAUUCAUUUCCCUCUUAUUAUGAGCUUUAUUUUGACCGAUGAAUUAUUAUUAUACGAUUUACCAUUCUUGAGUUAUACCCAGUAUAUUAAAUACUACCCCCCACAUUCACAGCCACAUUUGGCUAAAUCUUGUAAAAAUGUUGUUUGAUAAUUUAUGAUACGAUGUGGUCUGUUUGGUUUGUACAUAAACCGAGUAUGUUUGAAAUAGAAUGAUUCAUAUCGCAGAGGCUGAGAUUGGUGUUCUGGACUUAACUGGCUGGGCUAUGUGGGAAGCAGGACUGUAGACUGCUCGUUCUUGUUUUAUGCAUCGUUGUUUCGGUCGAUAAUUCACUGCUCUCUAAUUGGCGGUAUCGUUAUGUUAUACGUUAACAGGGCACACAGGCCACAAGCUAUAACAGGUUAGAUAUUAACACCGUUGAAUGUUAGCUGGCUCAAUAUUACUUAAUGUUAAUUUAUAAUCGAUGUAUCAUUAUAUAAUUAUUACGUAAUAUAUCCAUUCGAUGAGUAUCAUUUCAUUAUUGUAAAUUAAAUAUUUACUGUAUAAUUCUCAGAUUUUAG